AUGUUAUCAGUGCAGGAUGUGCCCGGUAAUCGCAUGUCUUCGUUAUCACGUGAAAGUGCUGGCUCGCAUAGCGAGCAUUCAACAGUGGAUAGUCGUCCAUGUUCGAUAUCACGUGGCAGCACUCGUGAGGCAAUGUGGGGCAAUUUUUCACCAGAAAUGCGCAAAGAACUGAGAACUCUUGUUGAUGAGAACAGAAGACUGUUCGAGGAGCUGGUGACUGUUGAACGUGAAUACAAGGAGCUGCUUCAGAAUACUCUCAACGAAAAAAGAUUGCGUGUUGAGCGACUGUCGGACUUUUUGUUCGAUAACAGCAAUAUUCCGAGCAGUAGUCGUCAAGGGCUGUUGACGCAUUCGCCAUUGCCUCCGCAUUUCGCCGUCACACCAUCAACCGUGACUCCUGGUUCACGUAUAUUCACCGUGAGCAGUAUUCAAUCCAUCGAACAGCAGGAAACAUCAAACAGUCCAGAACCGCAUCCGAUUGUGCGAGAGGACGAUUUGGCACAGUGGCUCCGUUCAUUCGGAUGUGACGACAUGACAGUGAGACGAAUUCAGGAAGAGGAAUACACAAAGCAAGACCUCAUCGACUUCGUCUCUCGUGAGGAUCUGAUCAGACUUAAUCUAAGGUAA